AACGCAGCAUCAGCCCAUCAGCAGCCGCCGUCAGUCAGUCAGGUGUGGCCGCCGCGGUGGGGAGGCAUUCGGCCCGGAGACCGCGCACUUCCACCGAGGCUAAAGCUAGCGAGCCGCGGGGCCUGGAACCAUGAGCCGCCGUCCGAGCGCCGAGGCCGCCAGAUGACCGAAAUUCUCUCAUCUUUAAACCCUGAAGCAGAAGAAGAAGUGAGAUCUGUGACUUGACCCGACCGCUGGGGAAAGCGAAGUGAAACAAAGGAACAGAAACAGGAACGCCUCGCUCCGGCUGAUUUAGGACCAGAACCGGCACAAUGCCUCGGUGAAGGAGUAGCCGUGGGUCCAGAGCCGUGGGUCCAGAGCCGUGGGUCCAGAGCCGUGGGUCCAGAGCCGUGGGUCCAGAGCCGUGGGUCCAGAGCCGUGGGUCCAGAGCCGUGGGUCCAGAGCCGUGGGUCCAGAGCCGUGGUGGGUCGCUGCUCCGGCGGGACGGGGUUCGGCUGUGACAUGCGGCCUGCAUGCUGAGUGGUGCGGCGCUGCAGAAACGCCGCACGCUGCGUCUGGACGACUACAGCAGCAGAUUCACUUGGAAAUGCUUCCCGACCGGAGCCGCUGAAGUAAACACAAACUGCAUGUGCUCCAGAGGGGGUCAGAGGUCACCCCCUCAUAUGAAACUGGUUUUACUGGGAAAGUGGAUUCACAGCCAUUCAGAUGGCAGGAAAAGACUACAAUCAUCUCUUUAAGCUGCUCAUCAUUGGAGACUCCAAUGUUGGGAAGAGCAGCCUGCUGCUGCGCUUCGCAGACAACUCCUUCUCCGGCAGCUACAUCACCACCAUUGGAGUGGACUUCAAGAUCCGGACGGUGGACAUGGAGGGCGAGCGCGUCAAGCUGCAGAUCUGGGACACGGCGGGCCAGGAGCGGUUCAGAACCAUCACCUCCACAUACUACAGGAACACGCACGGCGUCAUCAUCGUCUACGACGUGACCAACCCGGAGUCCUUCGUCAACGUCAAGCGCUGGCUGAACGAGAUCUCUGAGAACUGCGACAACGUCUGCAAGAUCCUGGUGGGGAACAAGAACGACGAUCCGGCCAAGAAGAAGGUGGACACCCAGGACGCCGUGCAGUUCGGGGAGUCACUGGGCGUCCCGGUUUUCGAGACAAGUGCCAAAGAAAAUAAAAAUGUAGAAGAGAUGUUCAUGGCGUUUACUCGCAUGGUGCUCCACGCCAAGAAGGAAAGUCGGGAACGUGCUGAGAGGGAGCGCUUCCGGGAGAAGGACACGGUCAACAUCAGCACCCAGAAAGACCGCGGCCACCGCAAGCGAGCCAAGAAGUGCUGCUGAGGUGCAGGGUGCUGCUGCUGCGGCGGCGGCGGCUGCUGCGGCGGCUGCUGCGGAUCACGGUUCAACUUGAGGGAAAAUCUGCAGCACUGACCAGGAGCUGAAGCAGCAGGCCGCUGUUCCAUGUUUCGAAAAACUCCAUAUUCCUUCACAUGCACUCAGAUGUUUCAGGCAAAUCUGAUCCAUUCAUACAUAUUUUAUAAAUUAACACAAUAAGAUGAAAGUUUGUGAUUUUACAGAUAAAACUGGACAUGAUGAUCAGCUUUCACUUUUCCCACCUGAAGCUGUAAAGAUAUCCAACAUUUUAAUCACAUUUAUUUUCCCCCUUAAAACUGUAAUUUAAUCAUUAAAAACCUAAAUAUUAAAUUCGUUGUGGUUAAUAAUUCCUCCUGAACAGAACCGUAAUGUCUUGCUGACGUCUGGAAAACCUUCCAGAGCUUCUGCUGCGUUUUCCAGACGUUUGGUCUGAUCGCAGCUGAAAACACCGGCCUGUUCCUUUAACUUCUCCUCCACCUGUUACGUUUUUCUGUUGAAAUCCUUCAAAAGGAAACGCUUUGUUACUAAAGUGAUGAGUUCGGUAAUCUGCCUUAUGUCAGUCUGAAUGACUUAACCUCCUGUGAGCUUUUAAUGUCUGCUGCCAUGAAAAUGUUCAAAUAAAGCAAUAAGUCCAGAUGUUCUGCUGACGGUGACUGAGAAAAAUCCUUUGUCUAUCAAAAUGUAAACUGUUCUGCCUGCAAUGUGUAGAAAUGUAUCCGUCUGCUGCUGUUUGUGAUGCUUUGAAUAGAAAAUAAACCUUUAAAGUUUC